UGUUUUCGUACCAAUCCAAAUGUUCCACAUGUUUUGAAAUUCAAAGCUGACAUUUGCUGACAGGACAAAACUGACGAAUGUGAUCACUACAUGUUGAUUAGAAAUGAUGGUGGUGUACUAGUAGAUUAAUCAAUGGUUUUUAUAGAAGUUCAUACAAACCUCAGCAAAAUAUUAAUGCAGCUGUGAUAGAUCCUGUAGUUCCAGUAAAAAACUCAUGAUGAAUCAAAAUCUUUUCACCACAUUAAUUUUAUUUAAUUUAGUUCUUGCCACAUUAGUAUUAGCAGGAAGAGACUUUUAUAGAAUACUAGAUGUUUCUAAAUCUGCUAGCUUACAUGAAAUCAAAAAAGCAUAUAGAAGAUUAGCCAAAGAAUUACAUCCAGACAAGAACCAAGACGACCCAAGUGCUUCUCAGAAAUUCCAAGACCUAGGGGCAGCUUAUGAAGUGUUAUCAGAUGAAGAAAAACGUAAAAAGUAUGAUAGAUGCGGAGAAGACUGUUUACAAAGAGAUGGGAUGAUGGAUGGUGGUAUGGACCCAUUUGCUAGCUUCUUUGGAGAUUUUGGUUUCCAUUUUGGGGGAAAUGAACAAAAACAUGAGACUCCCAAAGGGGCUGACCUAGUAAUGGACAUUUUUGUAACUCUGGAAGACCUAUACACUGGCAACUUCAUUGAGAUCACAAGAAAUAAACCAGUAAUGAAGGCUGCCAAGGGAACAAGAAAAUGCAACUGUAGACAAGAAAUGACAACCAGAAACUUGGGGCCUGGCAGGUUCCAAAUGGUUCAACAAACUGUCUGUGAUGAGUGUCCAAAUGUCAAAUUGGUGAAUGAGGAGAGAAUAUUAGAAUUAGAAGUAGAGGCUGGUAUGGUGGAUGGACAAGAAACUAGGUUCACUGCAGAAGGGGAGCCUCAUUUAGAUGGGGAUCCAGGUGAUCUUGUUAUGAAGAUUAAAACACAACCUCAUCCUGUCUUUGAGAGGAGAGGAGAUGAUUUAUAUACAAAUGUUACCAUUAGCUUACAAGAUGCUUUGACAGGCUUUACAAUGGAUAUAACUCAUCUAGAUAACCAUAGGGUGUCAAUUACAAGGGAUAAAAUAACUUGGCCUGGAGCACGUAUCAGGAAGAAGGGGGAAGGGAUGCCAAAUUAUGAGAACAAUAAUUUGCAUGGUAUCCUUUAUAUUACAUUUGAUGUAGAAUUUCCUAAACAGGAGCUGACAGAAGAGGAUAAAGAAGUUAUCAAGAAAAUUCUGAACCAAAGCUCAAAUAACAAAGUUUACAAUGGACUUCGUGGUUAUUAACUUCACCCAUAGUAAAAUCUUGUACAGAGCACUUUCCCCAAAAUAUAGAAUAUUACCUAUGUGUUUAAUAUUUAUUUUCCUUUAUUUAUUUCAAGAAGUGAUAUAUAAUAACUAGAGCAAAAAGGUCAAUCAGCAAUGAUCUGAAUGUUUGUGUUUUGUUUUUUUUUUUCUGGUAUGUAAUAAUGUUUGUAUGUUGUAUAUCACUAUACAAUGGUGAUGAAUAAUGCUGAUUUGAAUAAAGUAGUGUCCAAAUUGAUAAGCAGCAGUUGUACCUUCAUAUGUGUUCAAAACGUACUUUUGUAAAUGAGUGGACAAAUUUUGUAAUAUAUUGAAUGUAAGUCU